CAUGCGUACUAUCUUGACAGCUAGAACGUCAUCUGUCCUACACCAGCUUUCGUAGCGUUCUGCCUUUUUUGAUGGUUAUAGCUUCCUUUCGAUGAAGCAAAUUAUUACUAGUUAGAGUUGGGUUUUUGGGAUGACGUUCUCAGCAAAUAUGUUUGUUAGAUAACACGAUCAAAUCCCAAUCAGAAGACAAACGCUAUCGGAAUGAAUCUGAAAGCUAGCUCUAGCUAGCUGCUGUACUUUCCUCUAACCGUAGGCGUAUCUCUAAAAAUGUAUCUUCUAUAUACAAUUGUCGCUGGUUUAGUUAGCUUUUUAGUUUUAAAAUGGAUAAAAAAGCGAAGGUACUGCACAGAUUUAAAAAGACUUGAUGGCAAAACGGUUCUUAUCACUGGAGGAAACUCUGGGGUUGGCAAGGAGACAGCCAUAGCCCUGGCCAUGCGUGGAGCUCGUGUCAUCAUCGCUUGCCGGGACGUGGACAAGGCUGAGAAGGCAGUGAGGGACAUCAAGAUCAGGAGCCACAGUGUCAACGUGCUGCACAUGGAGCUGGACUUGGCCAACAUGCGCUCCAUACGAGACUUCUGUAAGAACUUCCUGCAGAGAGAGAAGAGGCUGGACAUCCUGAUCAACAACGCAGGUAUUCCCGGUCUCCUGGACUGGACGGACGAUAACUUCAGCAUGUGUUUCGGGGUCAACCACCUGGGUCACUUCCUGCUCACCAACCUGCUGCUUGGCCGUCUGAGAGAGUGCUCCCCGAGUCGUGUGGUCACCCUCACCUGCUCCAACUACAAAUACCAGAAGCUGGACUUCCAGGACCUCAACUACAACCUGCUGCCCUUCUUCACCUACUGCCGCAGCAAGCUGGCCAACCUGUACUUCACCCAGGAGCUGUCCCGCAUCGCCCAGGGGAAAGGAGUGACGUCCUACGCUGUGCACCCAGGCUAUGUGCAGAGCAGCUGGACCUGCCACUACUCGGUGCUGUUCAGGAUGCUGAUGCAGGUGAUCAUGUGGAUGUUCUUUGUGCCGUGUGAGAUGGGGGCUCAGACGGUGGUGUGGUGCUCCGUGUCCGACGAGGCCGCCAAGCACAGCGGGGGCUACUUCACAGACUGCCGGCCGGCCUCUCUGAGGCCCUUCGCCAGAGACCAGGGAGUGGCCAAGAAGCUGUGGGAGGCCAGCGAGAGACUGGUCAACCUGGCCUGAAGAGAUCUGGAGAGACUGGUCAACCUGGUCUAAGGAGAUCUGGAGAGACUGGUCAACCUGGUCUAAGGAGAUCUGGAGAGACUGGUCAACCUGGUCUAAGGAGAUCUGGAGAGACUGGUUACUCUGGUCUAGAGAUAUCUGGAGAGACUGGUUACUCUUGUCCGGAGAGACUGGUCACUCUGGUCUGGAGAGAUCCGGAGAGACUGGUUACUUUGUGUUUGUUUUGGUGUUUAUUUAAGUCAUUGUGCAUUAUGAUGUAUUGUUUGUAAAUACGUUUUUUUAUUCUUUCAAAUUAUGACAUUAAACAGUUAUGUUUUCUUCUGAA